AUUUGAUUUGUCAAAUGCUUUAGUCGUGUACUAUUUGAAAGAGAUACCGUAACGUAAACUUUUGUAUUAAUUAACAUUAUUUGCAUCAGUACGAAAAACCGAAAUACUAAACCAACUGUCUUACUUAUUAGUCACAGCAUUCUUGCAGCACUGACGAUGUACAAGCAGGUCACAUAUUUAUUACGUUAAGUUUCAUGCCACAGUGAACAACUCGAACAUUAUAAUGGAGAGUAACAAGAAAGUAGAGGACAUGGAUACUCCAACUGCCGAGGGGAAUCUGUUGGAGCAGCCGGUGGAGGCGAGGGUAUCGGCGCGUAAUCCUCUAAUGAAAGUGCACACUUAUGUGGUAGCGUUGCGACCAUGGUCGCUGAGUGCAAGCUUGCUGCCUACACUGCUAGGGGCUGCCCUGGCGUGGCGCCUGCCCGGCGAACAAGCCUUUAGCUGGCCCGCACUGCUUCUCACGCUGUGCACAGUGCUCCCAGUGCAUGGUGCAGGCAAUGUCGUCAACACAUACUUUGACUUCGUUAAAGGAAUCGACAAUCGCAAGUCCGAUGAUCGAACGCUCGUCGAUCACCUCCUAAGCAUCGAUGAAGUGGUCUCCUUAGGUGCCAUAUUGUACCUGGCUGGCUGUGCCUGCUUUGUUCCUCUGGUAAUGGUGUCUCCGGCUCGCAUGGAGCAUUUAGCACUUGUGUAUUUUGGUGGCUUAUCAUCCUCCUUCUUGUACACAGGGGGCAUCGGUCUGAAGUAUAUAGCUUUAGGUGAUAUUUUAGUUCUAGUCAUAUUUGGGCCCGUAUCAGUGGUGUUUGCUUUCCUGGCACAGACAGGGAGGGUUGAUUGGCCUAUAAUUUACUAUGCAAUCCCUCUUGCUCUCAACACUGAAGCUAUUCUGCAUAGCAACAACACAAGGGAUCUGGAAACUGACAACAAAGCUGAAAUUGUCACAUUAGCUAUUCUGAUUGGAAAGACGGCAUCUUAUUUACUUUAUGCAUUCCUAUUAUUUAUCCCAUACAUAAUGUUUGUAGUGGCAUCAGUCCGGUGCUCUCUAUGGUUCUUGCUGCCCAUGCUGACUCUGCCUAGAGCAUUUAAAAUAGAAAGGAUGUUCCGACACCCAGAUACUAUGAGAUAUGUGCCUCGUCAGACCGCUAGGCUAAAUUUCUACUUUGGUAUGCUCUAUAUGAUUUCAUGUUUGUUUGCUUAUAGAUUACCUUUCCUUUUGCCUCGAUAAUCUGAGGUAAGAAGCAUUCCCAAUUUACACAUUUACCAUUGUACUUACUGAGCUUCUGAAGUUAGUUUGCACUCUUAUGUGCAUUGACUGCCACUAUUAUAAAGUGCCCAAAGUAAACAAAGAUGUUCUAGAAAAUUUCCCAGACUUGACUAAUUAGUCAAUAUGUAUAUCACAUAUCAUCUGUCUUUUGCAAGAAGGUUAAGACUCAAGUUGAAUAAACAACUAUUAUGAUUAAAACUGUAAAGCUAAAUAUUGUACAACUAGGGAACAAAUCAACUUAGUUUUAUUAACAAUAUUGAUUUGUGUUUCUAAUGUAAUUAUAAAAUGACAUAUUCAUUUACACAAGGAAAAGUGACCAGGCCAGAACAACAAUGUUUCAUUUUGUAGUUGGCCUGUAGUGUCAAUGAACAUUAUUCUGUUAUAAAUCAAGUGAAUAAAUACUAUUAGCAUUUAUUUAUGUUUAUUGAGUCAGUAUGAAUAUAGGCUGCUUGAUUAAUUGUAGAUCUGACUAGUUGUCUUAAAUGUUGCAUUACAUCCAUCCCACAUCCAUUGUAAUAAUAUUGAAAGAAGAUGGCAUGGCAUGUUGAUAUCCAAACUUGAAAUCAAUGUUGUGUAUAAAAUGUGAUGCUCAAUCAAUAGUGGUAUUUAUAACAGAUAACUUUAACCCUUACUUUGGCACAAAAUACGGAGGGUUAAUAGCACUUAAUUGUAGUAAUCUUUGUAUAAUAAGAAAAUACUAAAAGAGUGCAAAGUUAUAUUGAGUACCUAUUUUGAUGUUGAAGUAAGGGUUGAAAGAAAAUAAUUAACUACCUCAUCAUAUUUAUGAGUGUGUGUGUGUUCCAAGUUUGAUUUCUGUUAAUGUCCUCUAAGAGAGUUCAUGCCAAAUAAAUUCAUAUCAGGCAUCGUCAGUCAUGUUAAAAGAUGCCUAUAAGCCUUAAAACAAUUGCCUGAUGUUGUAAUGCACAAUGUGACAAUAACUAAUUUAUUUUUAGUGUAUAAGAGAUUUAACAUUGUAGUUUUAGUCAAAUAUAAUGUUUUAAUACUU